CAGUUCUAGCAUCUCCCGGUCUGUUUACCUAUCCCAAACCGUAUAUUCCCUCUUUCCCCUCCUCUUUUCCCUCCUCUUCUCUCUCCUCUUCUCUCUCCUCUCCAUGACCGUUACCAUCAUAUCUUCUACCCUCCACCCUACGCUCUCAUCGAUUUUACCUGCUGAAAAGCUAUCUUACCUGCUGAAAAGCAAUGUUACCUGCUGAAAAGCUAUCUUACCUGCUGAAAAGCAAUUUUUCUUGCCCAAAGCAAGCUUAUCCACUACAAUCAUGUUUUCGUCCAUCUUACGCCACGUCUCGACUUCCGUCUCGACGGCUGCUUACCACGUCAAUAUGAUGCUGGAGAGCAUUGUUCCUGACCUGAAUCUUGAGAACUUUGAUGAGGACUUAGAGGCAUUUGAAUGUCGAGUUGAGACCUUCCAGCCAGUUCAACGUCGAGUUGAGACCUUUCAGUCAGUUGAAUGUCGAGUUGAGGUCUUCCCGCCAGUUCAACGUCGAGUUGAGACCUUUCAGCCAGUCCAACGUCGAGUUGAGACUUUCCCACCAGUGGAAUGUCGAGUUCAGACCUUCCCGCCAGUCCAACGUCGAGUUGAGACCUUCCCGCUAGUUGACCGUCGGGUUGAGACCUUCCCGCCAGUUCACCGUCGAGUUGAGACCUUUCAGCCAGUUCAACGUCGAGUUGAGACCUUUCAGCCAGUUGAACGUCGAGUUGAGACCUUCCCGCCAGUUCACCGUCGAGUUGAGACCUUUCAGCCAGUUCAACGUCGAGUUGAGACCUUUCAGCCAGUUGAACGUCGAGUUGAGACCUUCCCGCCAGUUCACCGUCGAGUUGAGACCUUCCCGCCAGUUCACCGUCGAGUUGAGACCUUUCAGCCAGUUCAACAUCGAGUUGAGACCUUUCAGCCAGUUGAACGUCGAGUUGAGACCUGGGAAUUCCCCAAGCGCGUGGAAUCUGUCCCUGCAUUCUACGACCCAUAUCCUAUUGCCCUCCGUUAUAGCUUUACGCCUUCUGAUGGGCCUAUUGUUCAGCGAAAACGGCAGGAGCGACUGCAUCCCGCUCAAAGCCCAUUGUAUCAACCCAUAUCGCCUGUUGUUGAAGAGACCUUCCCGCCAGUUCAACGUCGAGUUGAGACCUGGGAAUUCCCCAAGCGCGUGGAAUCUGUCCCUUCAUUCUAUGACCCAUAUCCUAUUGCCCUCCGUUAUAGCUUUACGCCUUCUGAUGGGCCUAUCGUUCAGCGAAAACGGCAGGAGCGACUGCAUCCCGCUCAAAGCCCAUUGUAUCAACCCGUGUCGCCUGUUGUCGAAAAAACCUCUUGCAGGUAUCAAGAUGUGUUGAUUCUUCGAAGAAUUUGCGAAUACGCCGUCUUUGCCCCGUAUACUACGGUCUGCGCAAACGUUUCUCUCAUCUUUGGAAACGAUCACGGAAAUUGUAUUUGCAAUCCUCUCAGAGACCCUUCGGUGUCUGCUCCGAUGAUUCGUCCGAGCCUGGUCUCACGAAACCCUCUUUGUAAUCUUCCUUCUCCGGACUGUACGCCUUCUCUUCGCGCCCCCAGAAGGGAAUGGUCCAGCGUCGACACGGAUUACGGCCUUUUUUACUUUGACCAGCCCGGUAGAUUUAGGAACCGUGGCCCUAGUAGCGAGGGAGCUGCUGAAUAUGUGUCUGCUGUGGCGAUGAUUCCCACCCCUGUGGGUUUGAGAUCUCGCAGUACCCGAGAUAUCACUGAUGGAACUGUUGUUAUCAACGGAGUUGAUCAGAGAUAUGUCAGCUCGGAGAGCUUUGAGUGUGAUCACAAUGCCCACGCUCACCAGAAUUUAAUUUAUGACAGCGACUCGGAUAUGAGCCCCAGUGUUGUCCAUUACUCAACGAACACCACGCCACAGUGGGAAGAACAACAGCCAAGUAGCGAAAAGGUUGUUAUUGAUGGUAUCAUGUUUGAUCCAGUUACUGGGACCUUCAAGGUGCUUGACAAGCACACGCCCGAACAUCACAGUGAUGAAGGCUCCAGCAUCGUUUAUGGAACUCCAGACAAGGAAUACCAGCUCACAGAGCAGGUUUAUCAACUCAACGAAACUCCUGCAAUAAAAUUUUCUGGGAGAGAUUUCUCCUCUAAAUCCUACGCCUGCUCCGAGCCUGACAUCAGAAAGUAUUCAGAGUACGCUCGAAGGCUUCUUAGUCGUGCGGCAGGAACUAACUUCGCAUCCAUUUCGGAGUACGGUGCAGUCAGAUUUGUUGAAUCUCUCCGUCGUCAAAAGCUGUUGACUCCUACUCCAAGUCCUUCCAGCCCUUCAUCUGGUCCUAUCGGUUCUCGUGUUGUUUCGGAUAAUUCUAAUUCUUCUGACACAUCUCACGUGUCUGAUGCUCCUAGCGUUUCUAUUACUUGCGAACCUUUGGAUGCUCCUAGUGACGCUCCUAGUGUUUCUAUUGCUUGUGAAUCUUCAGAUUCUUCUGACACUUCUUAUGUGUCUGAUGCUCCUAGCGUUUCUGUUACUUGUGAACCUUUGGAUACCCCGAGCGUUUCUAUUGCUUGUGAAUCUUUGGAUUCUUCUGACACUUCUCACGUGUCUGAUGCUCCUAGCGUUUCUAUUACUUGCGAACCUUUGGAUGCUCCUAGUGACGCUCCUAGUGUUUCUAUUGCUUGUGAAUCUUCAGAUUCUUCUGACACUUCUUAUGUGUCUGAUGCUCCUAGCGUUUCUGUUACUUGUGAACCUUUGGAUACCCCGAGCGUUUCUACUACUUGUGAACAUCCAGGUUCUUCUGCCACGUCCAGAGUUUUUGGAAUUUCCAGCAUCUUUGUUCAUUUUGAUUCUUCUGAACCUUCCGUAUCCUCGGAUUCUUCUGCUGCUUCUGAAUUUUUGGAUUCUUCCACCGUUUUUGAUGCCUCUAAUGUUUAUACUGUUUCUUCUGAUUCUUCUGUUUCUUCUGGUUCUUCUGAUUCUGGUUCUUCUGAUUCUGGUUCUUCUGAUUCUGGUUCUUCUGAUUCUGGUUCUUCUGAUUCUGGUUCUUCUGAUUCUGGUUCUUCUGAUUCUGGUUCUUCUGAUUCUGGUUCUUCUGAUUCUUCUAGUUCUUCUGAUUCUUCUGGUUCUUCUAGUUCUUCUGAUUCUUCUGAUUCUUCUGAUUCUUCUGGUUCUUCUGAUUCUGGUUCUUCUGAUUCUGGUUCUUCUGAUUCUGGUUCUUCUGGUUCUUCUGGUUCUUCUGAUUCUUCUGGUUCUUCUGGUUCUUCUGAUUCUUCUGGUUCUUCUGAUUCUGAUUCUUCUGGUUCUUCUAGUUCUCCUGGUUCUUCGGCUGUUCCUACUUUUUCUGGUUCUUCUGCUGGUUCUUCUGCUGGUUCUUCUGCUGGUUCUUCUGCUGGUUCUUCUGCUGGUUCUUCUGCUGGUUCUUCUGCUGGUUCUUCUGCUGGUUCUUCUGUUCCUGAUUCCUCUGAUUCCUCUGAUUCCUCUGAUUCUGAUUUUUCGGCUGUUCCUACUGUUUCUGGCUCUUCUGCUGAUUCUGAGUCUUAUGAUUCUUCUGCCGAUGAUUUUGAUACUUUGGUACUUUAGGAUCAGUUGAAGUACUAAAGAUCCUUAGGGUUGAGAUGGGAGGUAGUUUUAUACCCGAACUUAACUUAGCAAAAAAACUACUGGAUUUAU